AUGCGCACUCGCCAGCUCGUACUUACUCUCAUCCCACUCUUGAAUCUUUACGCAACUCGAACUUUUGCCUCUCAGAGCGUUCUAUCUGCGAUGUCCGGUACCAUUAUUACUAAUACUGAUGUCACCCGUCUCGCCAACGGAGUGGAAGUGCAAAACUCUGGUAUUCCAUUGGAGGGAAAACGCAAGCAAGUUGUAGAGGACGUUCUCAACUUGUUUAGCUCCAAGCCUAGUCAAGACAUUCUCCAUCGCACAUGGAGGCAAGAUGCUAUAUUUGAGGAUCCCCUGAGCAAAUGCUUUGGAUAUAAAGAGUUUGCGCCUCAGUGGUAUGGCUUGGAAAAAUUAUUCCCGACUUCCCGUACUUUGUCGUACAAAGUUAUUUCUUCGACCAACGACCCCCGCCGCAUCACAUAUGAACAACAACAAGAAUAUACCGUUCGGUUUAUUGGAACAAAAAAGCUCAUGAACUCCACCGUCGUUAUCGAUCUCGACGAAAACGAUCAGAUCGUGAAACUCGAGGACAAAUGGAACGGAAAUGAUCAGCCUACUCGCUUUGGUGCAUUAUGGUUGCGCCGCUUGAAUGCUAUGACUAUCCCUUGGUUGGUAUCGGUACCCAAAUCGAAGGAAAAUUGA